AUGGCUGACGGCGUGGUGACACAAGCCUUCUCUCUGGUGGGAUGGGCAUUUCUCCCUGCCUACGCUACGGCCUUUCUCCAGUCAAUAUACUACCGUCUGACCAUCCGGGCUGGACAGCCGCAUCCGCAGCCUGGGGAACCCAUCUUUGCCUACCAUAACCGCCGCAUCCGUGUCUUGGUAUUAUCGCUCUACCUUGUAUACACCCUCGCCCAGGCCCUCUACGACAUUAGACUCGCUGGGGAUUUCUAUACCCUGCUUGGGGUCACGCCGUGGUCGACAGAGCGGGAAGUAAAGAGUCGUUUCAGGAAGCUGGCUGCGAAAUAUCACCCGGACAAGCUACACGAGAAUGGCCAGCCUUUUCCAGGUGCUGAUGGAGUGUUUGUCCGCUUCAAAUUGGCGCACGACACGAUUUUGGAUCCUGCGAAACGGUUCGCCUAUGAUCGGUUCGGACCUGUCAUCGUCCAGGUUCAGCACCCUGGGCUCAAGACCAUUCGAGACUACGUCUAUGCCGGUCUUCGCACGAAAGCUCCUGAAUAUUUGUCCAAUGCUGGACUGCUUGUUUUGUUAAACUCCAUCUGGCUGCCGAAAUGGGGACAAUUUUGGCGCUAUUUUGCUGUUGCCUGCAUGGCGUUCUUAGAGCUGUACUUCCUUACUCACAUCUGGCAGCCUCCAAAACUGGUGGUAUUGUGGGUGUCGACGGCUCAGAGGCUCUUACCAGAUCUCCUACCACCGCAUCUUCUUCCUUUCCAAAUUCUCGGUCUAGCGAGACGAAUGUCCAUGUCUGUGAACAUCUUCAUCUCCCAGCUCGCACCUCCUAAAGCAAGGGAUACGGCCAUGAGAGACCUGCAGACUCAGCAGCAGAUUGCACAUUUGGCGCAAGCGGCAGGCAGGUUAGAUGCAGAGUCUGGUGGAUUGCUCCAGUUAGGACUGAGUCCAUUCAAAGGAGAUGCAGAGAAGUCAGAUCAUCUGAGGUCGGGGAUGAAGGAGUCGUUGGUCACAAGCGCCUUGAGAAGGAACCCGGAAGUGAGGGCAGCUGUACAGAAGGCUCUUGACAGGAGGAGACGAGGGCCGAUCAUGCAAGAGCCUGACUGA